CGCUGUUAUUCCUAUCCACGCGACUCACCCAGUUUAAACAACCCCAAAGCUAUACGGAGCCGUAAAGCUCUAUAAUUAUAGCGAAGCUGCUGGCGUGCAGACCUACGAUAUGGAUAUCGAUUUGGCACGGGAUGUCUACGUGGUCUUCAUAUGCACGAACAACUACGUGCACCCUUAUGUGUAGCACGGUGCUAGAGUGCAUACGCUGCUAUAGGGUAAUCAGUCCGUCAAUGAGGGCCAAGAUUCCAACAGUGUCCGGGGUUGAAGCAAUUGCGUGUGUUCAACCGCAUAGUAUAUGCUCGCUACACCGGCUCUUACAUACCGUAAAGGAUCUUGGCCAUUUUCUAAUCCGAGUCAAGGGAAGAGUUCGUCUUCGGAAGUUGCUACUGCCGUUACUCCUGUCCACCCGGCACCGGCCUUUCUCCCGGUUGUUACUAGAGCAACUGGUUGAUCCUAAAAGUCAAGUAGUCCUUGUCCCCCCCAGUCUUCAGCGGUGGCUGUCCGGGAUAUCUGACCGACUGGCCACUCAUAGGCUGACAUGGUGGUUCAGGGUCCUGGGAGUGACUGUAUCAGUGAACUCGAAAUACUGCUCCUUAGAUACUGAGGAUGGCAUUAUAGCAGCUUUUUUUGCUGGAUCAUAUACAGUUAACACCAGUCGCUGCGGGCCGAAGGGUCAGCUGGCUCGCCUCCGUCCGACGUAUCCCGGGCCACGCCGUAUGACUACUUCUCAGCAGACAAGCUUAUAGCCGGGUUUUGCGCUACAUAGUGAGCGUAGCCCUUUGAUUAGAAGAUAAGUUUAGGCGGUGAACUAACACUGCAGAUCCUUGCUAGGCGGUCGUGCCCUUCUAACGUAUUAAUGUAAAAACGAACAACCUAAACUAACAUAAGCUACUAUUAUAUCUAUGCAUAACAUACAUAUGACAUAAAGUUGUAAAGCGGCAUUGGGAGUAUCAGGAAGAUGAAAUCUCUUUUGUAUUUAUUAUUAUCACAAUACAGUGAGUGGAUCGCAAAGCGAGUAAUAUACCGGGCACAUAGUACAUCUGGUGGCUAACAC